AUGUUCAACGUCAAGCUCAACAUCAUUAAGAAGAUCAAGUCGCUGGCCUCCCCCAAGGAGACCAAGCGCGCCGCCACCGUCGCCGAGGCGGUUCCUGCCCCCAAGAGGCAGUCGAAAUUCAAGCGCUCCUUCAUGAAGAACGCCAAACUCGUGGUCGACUCUGCGACCGCUUUCGCCGCUCCCGGAUUCGCCCCCGUCCCCGCUCCCUUCCCGGUCCCGACCAUCGUCAUCGUCGUUCCCGCCCCCAUUCUGCCUCUUCCUUCCUCGGCUGUCGACACGGUCAAGGCUCCCUCCAUCUCUUCCACCACUUCUUCGUCGGUCCCCAUCACACCUGCCAAGAUCUCCGGUCCCAAGACGCGCCCCCCCAUCCCCGCCACAUUCGCGUCCACCAUCCCCUUCCCCCGCGCCACUUCCGCCGCCGAGGAAGCCACAUCCAACAACACGCUAGUCGACGCGAAGAAGGAGGCGGACGCGUACCUGGCGCGCGCCGAGUGUGCUGAGGCCGAGCUGGCGCGCGUCAAGGCCGACUUGGAGCGCGUCCUGAGCCAGGCCAUCGAGCAGGCGGAUUCGGACAAGGAGCGCCGCGGCGUCCAGAAGAAGGGCCGCGCUCUCGAGCGCAAGAAGAGGGCCUUGGUGAAUGAAAAGGCACGUCUUAACAAGGAGAAGACACUCGUCGCGACGGAGAAGAAGGUCGUCGACAAGGCAAAGAAGGCACUCGUCGAGCAGAAGGAAGCCACCGAGCGCGCUAUCGCUCUCUUGGUCAGGGAGAAGGCGGUGGUAUACAAGGCGAGGAAGACCUUGAUCGAGGAGAGGGCUUCGACCGAGAGAGCACGCGCGCUCUUGGCUAGGGAGCAGGCUGUUAUAUAUAAGGCGAGGAAGGCCUUGGUCGAGGAGAAGGAGCGCUGCGAGCAUGAGAAGGGGCUCCUGGCGAAGGAACGCGCUCUCGUGGAGAAGGAGAAGAAGGCAUUGGUGCAGAAGCGGGAGGCUUUUGACUCCCACGUCGACGAAUUUAACUCGCACGUCGCCGAGUUCGAGUCGGACGUCGAGGCCGUACAGGCGGCCCUCGUUCAGAAGGCUGAGGAGGUGGAGAAGUUUUACGCCGACUGCCUCCAACCAUUCGAGGAGGGCAAGGAGGCGUACCGGGAGCUUGAGUGGCAGGUGAGGAACUGCAAGACUUUGGCUGGUCGACCGAUAUACGGCGAGGGGGAGAGUGACGAAGCGUUGGAUCAUAACCCAGCGGUGGCGAAAGAAGCCGAUAUAUUCACUCCCCUUCCGGUACGCAAGUCUCAUGCAAGUCAUAACGAGGACACACACACUCGGGACAGGACAGUCUCGCAGAGCUCGGCUAGCAGCACGAGUUCAAUUUUCUCCGACGCGUGCUCCACCGCGUCGUCUGCCACUACCGUCUACCCCACGCCGCCCACGACUCCGACAAAGUCGUGGAUGAAGAAGAACGACCAAGAGGCGGCGUGGCCUUAG